CUGGAUCCCCGGGGCAGCCAUCUUUGUUGAUGUGUCAGCUUUCAGUUCCUGUUAGGGGCUGCAGCAGGAACGAGAGGAGCGAGAAUGACUCUGUACCUCCCGCUACACGCACACCCACCCCCUUACGCAUUCUGGGUCUUCGGUUCUAAUUAGCAAUGGGAGAGCGGCUACUAAAGCAACAGAUGCUCCGGUGCCCAGUCUCCUAGCAAACGGAUCCUUGGUGGAAAGAUGGAUGAGCACUUACCAGAACAGCACAAUACUCCAAGGAUGGUCAACCUAUCAGAGACUAGUAAUGAAUCUUCCAAUUUACCAAGUGUUGAAGAAGCUGACAAAAAGUUAUAUAUUCAGGAUGAUGUACAUAUUGCAGACACAAGAUGUGAAAAAAGCAUAGAAAGUGAAGAGUUAAUACUGGAUCCCACCUUACCAUCUAUUGAUUUAAAUGAGGAUGCAAAUGUAAUUGAAGCACAACCUGCUCCAGAUUUUAAUGGAGAUUGCUGUGAGUUAAAAACAAAAGAAUCCAAGGAAGCAGAUUGCUUUCCCAGUGGACAAGGCGAACAACAGGUUUUGAAAACUGAGGACAAAAAUCAAUCCUUGACAGACCUAUUUCAGGAUCAUGUGAAAAGACCUUACGGGGUCUGUUCAGAGAGCCCAUAUGACACAGAUUACACUAAGAACCUAAUCUCAAAUCUAGAGAAUGCUUCCUCUCAGGAUGCUUUGCUAGAAGAAAUUGAAUCUGAGCUCCUGUCAACAGAUUUGUUGAGAAAUCCUACACUUUCAAACGGAAUGUGCAAUACGAAGACUACAUUGGCUCUAUUUGAAAAAUGCAUUCAAGAUAAAUAUUUACAGCAAGAGCAUAUAAUAAAGAAAUUGAUUAAAGAAAACAAGAAGCAUCAGGAACUAAUUUUGGACAUUUGUUCAGAAAAGGACAACUUAAAGGAUGAGCUGAAGAAGAGAACAGAAACUGAAAAGCAAUAUCUAAAUAUAAUUAGACAGCUGGAAGUCAGAAUAGAAGAUCUCCAGAAAGAAGCUAAAACAAUUAAAGAUAAACUUGUAUCUCAGGAUGCUGCUGCAAAAAACGCUAUACAGCAACUGCACAAAGAGAUGGCCUUUCGUACAGAUCAGGCAAACAAGAAAUGUGAAGAAGCCCGUCAAGAAAAGGAAACUAUGGUCAUGAAGUAUGUUAGAGGAGAAAAAGAGUCUUUGGACCUCAGAAAGGAAAAGGAGAUCCUUGAAAGAAAACUGAGAGACGCAAACAAAGAUAUUGAAAAGCAUACUAACAAAAUCAAGCAGCUUUCCCAGGAAAAAGCAAGAUUGCACCAACUAUUUGAAAGCAAGGAAAAUGAAACCACCAGAAUGUCACGAGAUAUAGAAAAAUUAAAAGAAGAAGUCAAUUCUUAUGUGAUCAAAGUAAAAUGGGCUCAAAACAAAUUAAAGGCUGAAGUGGAUUUACACAAGGAAACCAAAGAUCGCCUUAAAGACGCAACAACAAAGUUAACUCAAGCCAAGGAGGAAGCUGAGCAGAUACGAAAGAAUUGCCAAGAAAUAAUAAAAACGUAUCAGGAAUCUGAAGAAAUUAAAUCCAAUGAAUUGGACCUAAAACUUCGACUUACCAAAGGAGAACUGGAGAAACAAUUGCAAGAGAAAUCUGAUCACCUAGAGGUCCAUCAUGCCAAGAUAAAAGAGCUUGAAGAUGUGAAGCGAACAUUUAAGGAAGGCAUGGAUGAAUUGCGAACGUUAAGGACAAAGGUCAAGUGUUUAGAAGAUGAACGGUUGAGAACAGAAGAUGAAUUAUCAAAAUACAGAGAACUUAUUAAUCGACAGAAGGCUGAGAUUCAUAAUUUGCUAGAGAAAGUGAAAACUGUAGACCAGCUGCAGGAGCAACAUCAAAGAGAUGAACAAGAAAUGAACUCUUGGAAGGAAGAAGUGGAUAGUCUGAACACGCUGCUUAAUGACUUCCAGAAGGACAUAGAUGGCAGCCGGAAAAGAGAAUCUGAGCUGUUGAUGUUCACCGAAAAGCUAACCACGAAGAAUGCCCAACUCCAGUCAGAAACCAACUCCUUACAGUUGCAGCUUGACAAGCUAACCUUCACGGAAAGAGAGUCUCAGAAUCAGCUGGAACUUGUUAAUCAAGCAAGAGAUGAACUGGCGAAUAAAUUGAAGAAGGAAGAAGAGCUCCACAGAAAUAAGGUCCAGAUGCUGGAGAUGGAACUGGCAUCUCAACAGAAAUCAUUUGCAGAUUUGAACACCAAGGCAGAGGAAUUAAAAGAUGAACUCAUGACGCAGAAGCGAAAGCAUGCUGCAAAUCUUAAAGACCUCACCAAACAACUUCAGCAAGCACGAAGAAAAUUGGAUAACCUUGAAAAUGGCAAUUGUGAUAAAGAAAUCAGCAGCAUGGGGAGUCGUUCCAGCUCAUCAGGGUCUCUUAAUGCUCGGAGCAGCAAUGAAGAUCGUUCACCAGAAAACACUGGCUCUUCAGUAGUUGUCGAUCAUUUUCCUGAGGUGGACAAAACUAUCUUGAUUGAGCGGAUAGUAAGACUGCAGAAAGCACAUGCUCGAAAAAACGAGAAGAUGGAGUUCAUGGAAGAUCAUAUCAAACAGCUAGUGGAAGAAAUCCGGAAAAAAACCAAAAUAAUCCAGAGUUACAUUUUGCGGGAAGAAGCUGGUACACUUUCAUCUGAAGCAUCAGAUUUCAAUAAAGUACAUUUAAGUCGGCGUGGUGGAAUCAUGGCCUCUCUCUAUACAUCACACCCGGCAGACAGUGGACUCACAUUGGAACUCUCUCUGGAGAUAAAUAGGAAACUUCAGGCAGUCCUGGAAGAUACCUUAUUGAAAAAUAUUACCCUAAAGGAAAAUCUGCAAACUCUUGGAACUGAAAUAGAACGGUUAAUUAAGCAGCAACAUGAAUUAGAGCAGAGGCUUACACAGACAUAACUGAGACCAAGAUCAGAAAAGUAGAUGUUCCAACUUUGAUGAUUAUAUAAAAUUGGAUGGCCAGCUAUGUGUUGUCAGUCCAACAAAGUUUUAACAAAACAAAGUUGAUUGGGAAUAACUUUGACCAGAUCCAAGUGUCUGGUUUGUUUAAAUGGAAUGGAGACUUUGAACUUUUCUGAACCUACUUCUAUCCAUCACUGAAAUUAGUCAUAUCAACACUUACAGCUUCUUCUGUUAGAGAGAAUGCAACCACUCUGCUUUGUGCAAUUAAAGAAGCAACUUUUAAAAAUGGACUGCUGUAUAAGACUGGUGCAUUUGUUGUUGAUGUUUUUUUGCAGAAGGUAGAUGAGAAAAAAGAAUGGCUGUUGCAUGUAUAUUAACCCCAGUGCCUUCUAAGGCAUACACUUUUUUCUUCAAAUAUACAUGCGUUCUUGGAUAUAUUUAGAUUUGUUAUUUAUAACAUGCAUUGGGAAAGGGCUUCAUAGUACACAUUCUUUCAAUAUACAGUUGAAAAAUAUGUCAGGUAUUUUAGCAACUUGACCAAAAACAUUUUUUAAAAUCCCUCGAGUCCUCAAAUGUGAAUAGUGUCUUUUUUGUUUUUUAAAAAAACCACCUUUUUAAAAAAAAGAACAUUGGAAAACUCUGUAGUGUAUAGACAUAAGAGGUUAAAACCGAUUUUGUAUAUAUGGGAAAAUAAAAUAUAGAAUCAUAAAGCCUUCACAUCUUGAGGAUUGACUGUGUUCAUUAAAAUGGAAAUAAUAGACAUGGUAAUUAUUGCACAUAAGCACAAGUGAUGUUACAUAUAUCUGUGCAAGUGGCUGAUAACAUACCAUAUUGAUAGGAAAGAAAGGAGAAUAUACCCAGAUACUGAAGAUACUGAGAUCACCUACAUAACUAUUUAAUAAUAUUAGUCUAAUUGUACAAAUAAUGACAAUUGUUCUUUAUCUUCAUCUAUAUAGCUUUGGUUGGAAUAACAACUACAGAAUUCAUAAUGCCCAUGUUGGUUGGUUAUUCUGUGAGGCUUUUUUUAAAGGUUAUAUUUAUAUUCUGCCUGUUUACCCAGUUUUGCAUAGCACCCAAAGGCAGCUCAUCCUGGCACACUUGAGAGAAGAUUGCCAGUGGGAUGCAAUGGAAGAAUAAUGGGAGAAUGAAUAAAGUAUCAUGGCUUAAAACUGGAGAUGAGAGCAAUUAUUGCAGUACUAAGUGUAAAGCAUUAAAUAUAAUUAAGGCUAUGAAUAAUGUUGGUAGAGAAAAUCAAGGAUAUUAUGAUGAUAAAAACAUCUUCCAUUCUUCUCCCACAACUUGGGACCGUUCGUGCAGUUGGCUAAGAAUAAGAUGAGUUGUAGUGAAUGACGUCUGCAUUAACCUUGCAGAAGAGAAAGUGAGCUGAUACAAGCUUUAUUGCUUUGACAAGCACUAGCAUGUGUGUAUCUAUGCUUCCAAGGUGCGACAGGUUGAAGCUCAAACACUCUUUUGUUCUUUCUCAAUGGCCAAAGGGAAGCAAUAGAUUUUUAGGUAUAUUAAGCAAAUACCUAGCCUUCCUCUUUUUAUCCCUGCUGCGCUUUUAGGAAGACAGCACUUUAAAUUAAUCCAUUGUUCGAACAUUUUUUCCCCUUUUGCUUGGUUAAAACUAGUUUCUGUCCAAAAAUGUACUAUUACCAAACACUUGAAUCUCGUGUGAUUACAUUUAAAAUAAGAUAAUCAGAAAGUUAAUCAAAAGUUUUUCAUUUUAUCAAUAAAAUAAUCUUUCCUGUGA